AUGGCAAAAUAAUAAUUAAUUCAUUCGAAACCUCCUACAAUUACAACUAAGUUAUAAGUUCCUCAUAGAACAACUGUUGAAUAGGUUUAUCUGAAACGAUUAAAGGAAACUGAAGCUUUCAUUCCUAAAGAAGAGUAUUUAAAAAAAUAAGAGAAUAUCAAUAAAGUAAUGAAUACAUAGUCAGUGUAAUAAUUGAAAUAUUAUUCUCACAUAAACGAAAUAAGAUCUGUUAAAGAAUUCUUAUACAUUUCAGAAAAACUUAAAUAAAAAAAUAUAGAGAAAAAAAUGAAUGAGAGAUUGGAAUUAAGAGGGAAACUUAAUAAAAUAAAAGAAAUUGAAGUCCUUAAAAAAUUGCAUUAUUACUUAGAAAAAAAGAUAAGACUUUUCAUAAAGGAUAGACAACACGAAGAAAGUAUUUAAAAAUUACUAAUUAAGAUCCAAAAUUAAAGACUUUUGAAGCGUUUCGAAUUGCUAAUUCUGAGGAUAAAAAAGUUAUGUAAUUUCCGAUUGAAUUACAAAAAGAAUUAUUUGCUAAAUUAAAUGCUCAAAGUGAUAUUAUUCCUUCAAAAUAGGAGAUGGCUUCGCCUAUUUCUCCAAUGAAACAUUAAAAAAGAAAUACUUAAUUUGAGUACUCAUAUCUAAAUUAUAUAAGUUUUUUUCAUGCAGAUAUUUCUGAUAGUGUCGUAAAUAAUGAAGAAAAAGAAGAGGGAACAAGCAAGUUUUUGACAAUGAAAGUAGCAAAUAAAUUAUUAGGAAUGAUGAUUAUUGAAUCAAGUAAAGGAAAAAGAUAACCUAUUAUUUGGGCUUAAGAUAAAAAAAAAGAAUUAGAAGAUAUAUUGAAUAAGCCAUAUGGAGGUAAAAUGAAUUUUAAUCUUCAUUCUUUUAAUUGGCUUAUUGAUAAUGCUUUAGAAAGGACUUAAUCUUUAGCAAAUUUUAAUAAGAUUUCAACUAAUAGAAUAACUACAAUGGAUGAAAGAGUAGAAUUUGUGGAUAUGCCAAACAAUUACUUAUCAAUUCAAAAUAAAAUUAAUAAAGGAAUGGAAUCUAUUACUAAAACAUUUAAUAUUAGGCCAAAAUCAAGUUAAGCUUUAAGAUAAAGAAAAGAAUUGAAAAAUAGAAGAUAAAUUACAACUGAGUAUAAUAUUACUGAGAGAAUUAAAGAGAAUGUAUUAUCUUAAGCAUUAAGAAAUUAAAAUGUGUAAUCUUAAUGUAAAACUGAAAGUAUAUUUUUCUAAAAUGAUUCUUAUGUUAAUCAUUAUAUUUGA